AUGCCGUCCUUUACGCACAGGUCCACUCUGCUGCUGCUGCUGCUGUUCUGCUGCUCUAUCCACAAGGUGAGUGCAUACUGUCAGUACUCAGAAUAUUUUAUCAAAUGAAAUUGAAAAAAUUUAUAAUUUAAAGAGGUUUUUGGGUCAGUUGGUGAAGUUAAUUUACUGCAAAUUUUCCAUUUCUGCAAAAAUGUCAUAUCACUCUGGGCUUCUGUGGCUCCAAAUGUGAGUUUUGAGUUGGAAAAUGACAAAUUUAAGCCUUAAAAUUCCCAAAGUAGUCACAUUUUCAGUUUACCAUGCCUUUAUUCUGCAUAAAUAAUCCACAUUUCAUCUGGAAACUGAACAUUUAACCCUUUUACAAUGUUUAAAAUCAGGAUUUCUUAACAUUUGAGUCACUUUCAGGUUCUUGUAAUCUGAUUUUUUUUUAUGUUUUAGAGGUUUGAACUGUUCUGUUAGUGUCUUUAACUUUGGAGAUAUACAUAUUGCCUUUAAGAUCUAACAAGAUUUUGAUUCAAUCACAUGGAUGCAAAAGAAAGGCAGUUUUCUUCACAUUUUAGAGUCUUGAAACAAAUAAAAAUCCCCCCAAACGUUCACCUCCUAUCUGAGUCCUUAGGCAUGAAUUCCCUCCCCGGUGAUUCAUCGUUGCAGAGAUUUGACAGGAAAUCAACUCCAUCAUCAGAGGCUCAGUUGAGAUGGUGCAGCUGCAGCUCUCUGUGUGAAAACAUGAAUAAUACACUCACUCCUCAUCUGCUGCUGCUUAAUUUUUAAUUCUCAGCAGGUCUGAACGUAGACUCGGCUCUAAAUUUAGACCGAAAAGUCGUCGACCAUUAGAAAGCAUAAAACUCAGGACAGCCUCUUUAGUCGUAAUGAUCGUAGUUAAAGUUGUAGGACUAGUUAGGUGCAAGUAAUCACAAGUCUAUGUCUUACUCUUUAUACGUCAACACAUAAUUUAGCUGAAGUUUCAUUAUAUCUUUAUUGCAUAAUUAUUUCGUACUUAUUUGAUCAUUCUGGAAUUUUAAUAAAGUCAAUCUAAUCUGAUCUGAUUGAGUGGAUUUAACAGCGGAGAACUUAAGUGGAAGAUAAACUCGAAUUCUUCAGUCUGGAUGUUGAAGAGGUGACGUCAGUGUUUAAAAAAGACACUCAAGUGGGAGAAAAAGUGAGUCGUUUCGGAUUUUCUCAAAGUUUCACAGCCGACUACAACCAGGACUGUCUUCAUGAGGGUUAUUGUUGAGUUUUAAAGAUUGUUUCACUCAUUUAUUUUAAUUAUUGGUACUAUUGUGGAUGCAGUUGAGCCCGAGACAAGUUUCAAUAAAAGUAUUAUAUCUUAUCCUGUGCAAGAAGAACAAACGUUAGGAUUUGGGGUCAGAAAUGAAACUAUAAAAACAGAGGAAGUCAAGUUUAAUCAAAAACCUGCUUUCUUUAACUGUUUUUUUCUGGAUUUACAGAGAUAAAAAUACUGUGGUGACGUCUACAAAGUUUGUAAUUUGGUGUUUUCAGCAUUUUUUUACAGAGUGAGAUGAAGUAAAGUUGAGUAAAAAGGUGUAAAGGUUCCUGAAGCCCCAAGAUCUGCAGCUCAGAAAUAUAAAGUUGCAAAAAGAAUUGACAUUUAAGGAACUUGAACACCAAUAAUUUCAUUUAUAAAAUCUGUGAACUGCAAAAAGAUGCAUUUCAAAAUCUCAGCCUUUCACAGUCUCUCAGAAGUAUGUCAGCUGUGUCACAGGUUUGUUUAUCUGUCAGUGAGCGACUCCUGCUUCAUAUUUUCAAACUUUAUAUUGAUCUCACUGAUGGGGUCAGAGUCCCUCUGCUCUCUGGGUUCAUAUCUGAAAACUGCAGCAACAUAAAAAUGUAGACUUGGAUGGAUCAUAAACCUGAGUCUAUCUGAGCUGUCACGAGACUGGCAUAUGGGGCAGGGUUGACUUUGACCACUUAUUUAUCCACUGUCGGCAAGUUUCACAUGCAAUUGUCUUAUUAUCAGGCAACACAAACCAGGAGCGACUCAUGCCAAAAUGAGUGAAUUUAUGACCCACCUUUUUUAAGUUACAGAGCAAAGUCAGCAAAAAGGACAUGUAGGGUUUUCUGUUUGCUUCUUACUGCCUACAAAUCCCAUGAAACCACGAACCCAACAAUGGAGGCAUCUCCUUCUGAGUAUUUUCAGAGUUAUGUUCUUCCUCUGAGCCGUGGAGAUCUAUUGUUGACUGAAAGCUAUUGAAAGCACAUCAAUGAAGCGCAGAGAUCCACUGGGUGACGUCUGACCUUGAGUGUUUCUCACCAGGUUCAGGGUCAUGAAGGAAGCUGCUAAAGCUGUGAAACGUAUAGUAUGAGUGGAAUAUAAACACACUGAUAGGUUUGAAACAUGUCAAGAGCGACUGUAUCUCAGUGUAAACAGACGUCCAGGCCCACACUCACAGUUUUCUGUAUGUACAGAGUCAAGUGGACGCAUGUUAUCUCCUCUGAGUGGGUUUUGUCAGUGCAGAUUUUUCAAGCUGCCCUGUUUACUCUGUGCUUAAGUGUGUCUCCAUGGUAACACAUGCUCACAUGUACUUCAAUAUUUGCAUCAGUGCCAAAUAUUUAGGUUUAUCAGCCGCACACAUUCAUGUUUUUGCAGGUUUUGCACAUAUAAUUCGAGGCUGAUUCACAAUAAGAUUAAACGAUAUGAAACUCCAGCGUGAUUGUAAUUACUGGGUUCGAGCCAUAAGUGCAAACUUUAUUUCUGUUGCUAGAAAAACAAACUAAAAGCAGUUCCAAUAAACGGUUCAUGAAACUUCCACUAAUAUUUGUUUAAGAGAAAAGAGUUAUGAAGCCAAACAUCUGAAUUUCCCCCCUUAGACCUCUUAUUUGUGAGCUGGAGAUAAAGCAGAUUACAGAAACAUGAGCCGCAGUAAAGAGUACUAAAUCACGUUUGACAAAUACCUGUAUGUACACCUGAACCCGGAGAGCCAGACUCUGACGCAGGAGGUUCGAGAUAAUAUUCAGAAAGUCUCUGUCCUAUCACUCCGACAGAUAAAUGGACGAUUUCCUCACUGCCAGUUUCUGUGGGAGAUGGAGAGAGCGAGGACAGAGUGUCAGACACAACUGCGACAGCAAGAGACCACUGAUAGCACAGGUACACACACACACACUCACACACACACACACACACACACACACACACACACGCUGUACAAACACUUACACAAGCUGAUCUGAAAUCCCCAUCAGCUCAAAGUUAAAAAGUUCAGCAGUGACUAACUCAGCUGGUAUGCGCAGAAACAACAACAAACUUCAAAACACUAAUAUUUGUUUGAGUACUUGUUUUACACACACUGUGGGGACUAAGACCUUUAAAGGUUUCAGGAAGGGGACUCCUUUUCCUUAUGAGGACACAAGUCUGUAGACUUCAAGUUUUGAUGAAAACUAGGGUACAGUUUGAUUAAGAGAGUGUGUUUGUGUGCAGAUGUGUGUUGUUUGUUAUAUGUGUGUGCUUGCGUUUAUAUGUUUUGAAGAUUUAAACUGAACAUUUGCAUCUUUAGGGUUAAAACUGAGUUGACGGGAAAGAUGUGAUAAGACUGAGUAUGUUUGAGAUAGUGUGUGUGGAGGUUGUGUGUUUGUAUUUGUUUUAACCUACUCAUGGGAGCUUAAACCUUGACAGCCACAGUUAGUACAUAACAUGAUGUUAAUAAGACAAAUUUGAGGGUUGAAUCUUGGAGAUUGGAAGGGUGUGCUCAUGUGAACUUCAUGUGCUCUCGGGUAUUUGGAUAGGGGAGUCAAACAAAUGAUUGAUAGCAAGUGUGUCGCAACACAGGCUUAGACAAUAUCAACACACUCCCUCUGCUUCAUUUGGCUGACCUGGAUCAACACACACAAACACACUUUCACAAGUACAGUGCAUAUAGGUCAGGAAAAGCAUGGCUGUUCUGUUUAUUUUUCACAAGGUCAUGUAGGUUUGAAUGUUUCCCCAUGGUGAUAAUAAAAGAGGGUUUCAUUUGUGUAGUUUGCAGCUUUUUUUUUCUCACGUCUGAAUAGAAACACACGUGAACAUGUGUGUAUACAUUUUUAAUUCGAAGGUUUGCAAAGACCAACAAAACAUGCCUUUGAAUUCAUCCUAUAAGACGUUGGAUAAAAACAACAGAUGGUGUUUGGCUCCACCCUGCUUUGAUUAUUCUAACCCAUGUCUCGGGUCUGGUGCCGACGGGCCGUAGGUCUAGGACCGUCGCCCCCAGACUCUGGAACGAUCUACCCCUCUCUCUCCUUUUGAUCGACUCAGUGGACACUUUUUAAAAAGGCGGUUGAAGACGCUUUUAUUUAGAUAAACUUUUAAUAAACAGGGUUUUGUUUGUCUCUUUUACUUAUCUUCUAUAUCUGCACUUAUUUCAAUAUUCACUGUACUGUAUUCGUAUUUUGCGUUUGUAUUUGUACUUAUCUUUUUGUACUGUUUUAUGUUUAUCUAAUUGCACUUAUUUUAUGUACAGCACGUUGUGAAUUUUAUCUGUGAAAAGCACUCUAUAAAUAAACUUUACUUACUAAAAAGUAAGGUCCUGCAGAUAUACGAGCAGCUUUUAAAAACACAGUAGAAAGUAAUCACCCUCUACGAAAACAAUAAUGCUCUAAAAAAGAAGAUAAAGUUUCUGAAAAUAUAUACUUGAGUGAAACCAAGUGGCUGGAGAGGAUUGCAGAAGAAUUUUUAUGCAAAAUUAACUUAUUAGCAAAUGCAAAACAUGCAAAUGAUUUUAAAUUUUUACAAGUUACACAUAAAAUUCUCUGUCUUUCAAAUCUCUGAACAUUUUGACCUGAAUUUAGCUUUUUCUUGCUUAUAACAAUCAAUUAUAAAUCCCUAGCUGUUAAUUUAAUGGUACUUAAUUGUACUUGAGGAUAAUGUUUUGCAUUAUUCCUGAUCGAGUCGUCCUAAAUCUGUUCUUAAAACAGCCAAGGGAUGCUAAGGUGUUAGGUUAAGGGCUUGUGUUUUCUCCUAAAUGUACAGCAGAGCCAAACUUCAUCACUUCAGAGAGAUUUUCUCUUCAUUGGUUUCCUGACUGUUCGUCAGCAGCGGGCAAAAGAUCAGUCAGUCUGACCGGGGAGUUCAGCCAGAGAGGAAGCUGAGGGCAGUUUGAUUUACACCUCUGAUGACUCUGCGUGUGUGUACUUGUGUGUGUGUGUGUGUGUGUUUGCUCUCAGGAUGUCGCGGCGAGUGGGACAACGUCUCUUGUUGGCAGAGCGCCGCUAUCGGAGAGGUGAUGACCCUCCCCUGCCCCUCCCCCAUCCUACGCCUGUUUGGGAAAAACGGUGAGCCUUAAAACUCUCAAACUCUCAAAACUCAAAUCAUCCAGAUACAUAUAAAUACAUAUUUUUAAGGAUGGUUGUUAUGAUGGGUUAAAUGUUCAUCACCUUUAUCAGCAGCAGAUGUUUAAAAACUGUGUUCAGAGUCUUUUCUCGUUUAAAUACCUCAAACUUCCUCUCUGAAAAAAAUGAAAUGAGUCGAUAAAUCUUUUGGCGAACUCCACGAGGAACAUUUGGAUGGUUGUCGGUCAGUUUUAAUAUCCUCAUUCCAAACCAAAUUAAGUUUACUUUUAAUUUGGAGAGAUCUGGUGGUCCGGUUUGAGGGAUGAGUUUAAAGUAAUGGUGGUAAUUAAAUCCCGUCACCUUCCCCUGUCCUGGAUUGAACCUGCUCGGUCUUUACUGACUGACUGUGACCUCCUCCACCAGCCGUUUCCUUCACAGCUGAUUUCACGGGCUCGUCUCUCAGUGCGCUCCCUCUGCUUCAUCCAUCACGAUGAUUACCUCUUGUCCUUUUACCUUUGAUCUCCUCCGCUCAGUCAUGUGCAAGCGUUACAGUCCAGCAGGUCUUUCACCCACCGCUUCCUCCCCCGCUCUUCCUUUACUUACCCUCUGCACAUCCCUCAGCUGCAUCUCUCUUCAAGUCUAAUCGCUUUUUUCGGCUCUAAAGGAAAAUUUUGUCAAAAACACUGUGAGUAAUAAAAAAAGUUCCCACUGGAGUUGUAACUAAAGAGUCUCUGCCAAUUAUCACUGCUAAAAACAGACUAACAGUAACAAACAGAAGUUUGAAGACUCAAAAUCAAACGUUUUAAUGUCCAAAAGGGAUUUGCUGCAACAAAGUGACAUAAAGUACUUUUUAAAAGUUCAGCUCCAAGUCUGGGAACUUUUAAAAGUAGCUAGUUUGAGGAUCGUGUCAAAUAAAAACAUACUGAGAAAUGAAGAUGAUAGUGAGGUAAGGUGGUAGUUUUCCUGUAAAAGCUUUGUGUCUGAAAUGAUUCAUAUAUCAUGUUUCUCAACCUUUUAUUGCAAGAUGAGGAACUAUUUACUGUGAAACUGAGACUCACUAGAAAAAGCAGAAUGACAAAAGACCUGACGAUAGAAAUUGAAGUUUUUAUUUAUUCCAAAUUUCAUUUCUCACUGUAUCACAAGCUUCAGUCUCAAGAGGAACAUAGAUUUGAUCAGGAUGUGCCAUCAGAGGAUAUUUCUUCAGCUCAACAAGCUUUUUUAUGUCGUAUCAGUCGAUAUUGAUCGUUUGAACCUCACCAUUCCUCCAUCUUUGUCCUCUCCACCACAUUUCAUCAUCACUGCGUUUUCCUCUCAUCCCUCCGCUCUCACUCUUUCACUUAAUGAGUUAGCUGACAGCAUCUGCACCGUCCGACUUUCUCUGUGGUUCCCCUCAGCUGCAUCUGUCAGCGGCCGCCUUUAUUCACCUCUCUGCUCCCCUUCAUGGAGAUGGAAAUCCUCGUCUCGGUGUGGUGAAAGGACGAGGCGUGAGAAUCAUCAGACGCAGCUCAAUGAAGAACAAUUAUGAUCAUUUCUUUCACAUUUCCUUAAGUAAUAAUCACCAUAUUAAUCAUUUUGAACUGCAGACGCUGUAGUUCUUCUGCCUUAGCGUCUCGGUCUGAUUGCAUUUACAUGAAGAAUUGAUCAUAAAUGUUCUUCCUUGAGCUGUGUCACCCCGCUGUAGUCCGUAUUGGUCUCUCGACGGGGGGUUCUAACUCGGUGUCUCGGUGUUUGUGACCCUAAAUUAAUUUUACGCCGGAAUAUCCCUUUAAACGCCUCUCUAGGAUCCUCAAAGAUUUCCUUUACAUGGUCAGCUUUAAAUGACAGAUAUCCUUUCCUUCUCUGUGUUCCUGUGUUUGUAUCUCUCAGGUUUAAUCAGCAGGAACUGUACAGAGAGAGGCUGGUCUGAGGUUUACCCCAUCAUCACCGUCGCCUGCUGGGCAGACGACACGGGCGAGCCCACUGAGGUGAGUCCAAAGUCUGUGUGACUCCAUGUUUGUUGAGUGUGUGGGCGUUUUAAUAAGGACUAUAUGCAGAGAUAGAAGUUUAAUAUCUGAUAAUGAGCUGAGCCGACUUUAAACUGUGCUGCUGCAGACUGAGAAUGGUUUUUGAGUUGUGUCAGCUGUCUGUCGGCUAGUUCAUCAGAAUUAAUUAUUGGCUGAUUCUCCAGACUGAGAAAUGUGAAUGUUUGAAACCACAGCUGUGACGAAAACGUGACAACAGGUGAAUGAAGUGUUUGUCUGACAGAAUAACAAACAGAGGACUCUCACCCGUCUCUGCUGCUCAGCUUCGAAUCACUCAGAUCAGCUGACGAUUGAACGCUGACGAUUGCUGACUUUAUUGUCCGUGUUCAGAGAGGAUGCUCUGACAGAGACAGACGAGGAGGAAGGUCAAGGUCGAGAGAGGAGAUCAGAUGUGAGGAAGGAAAAGAGGUAGAGAUGUUGGCUGACAGAUCUCUGACCUGCAGCUGAGCUCUUCUUUCUCCCCUCGGACCACCGUGAAAUCUGCCUUUUCCUUCAUCGAAUCCUCGCCGUGUUUGUGCGUUUUAGACGGAGGAGGACGGGCCUCGUAAAAGUUAGAGGGUCUGCUCAGCAUCAUGAUGAAAAAAAGGACAUUUCUUCACUCACGUCUUAUCCUGUGAAGUCUAAACAAGCAGAGCGUUGAAAUUUUCUGUUAAACAUUCAUAAAACUGCAUCGCAUGAUAAUUCAGAUAUAUCAGACAUGCAGUCCUGAAUCUGAGAUCGUGCACAGAGCGAGGUUUCUGGAUUCAGAGUUCAGAUGAAGACAGCGGAGAGUUCAGACCCCGGAUCAGACUCUCAGCUCCUGCAGCUGUGUUGAAAGGUUCAGUUUCUGGUCUUGGUGCUCUCUGCUCUAUAAUCCGCCUCCGUCUGUUCCCAUAUGGACUGAUUCUUUUUGUUUUUUUAUGAGAUGAAGUCAAACUGGAGGAGUUUUUCCCUGUUUGGCUGACUGCUCUGCGGAUUAUAGAGCAGAGCGACACAGCUGAAGGUCCGACCCUGUGGGCUGUGUGCAGGUGGUUGAAGAAAAGAGGAAACCUCCUGUACUGAAGAGUGAGUCAUCCGUCUGCUGUGCUUCUGCGUAUUUUAAGCCCCCCGUCGCCUCCAGCCGUCCUCUGCGAUGCCACAGAGCUUAUUUUUUGACCUCUGCAGUUAUUGCUUGUAGUCAGCGCUGCAUUCCUGAACCGCUGGUUUACUGGGAGCUUGAAAGGAGCAGGUAACGACCCGGUUUACCUGAACAUCCCGGACUUUACUGUGUCCUCACUGAAUCCAGACACACCCCGCUCUGGUUACACCAGUUUUUAUGCUACUGGUGCCGGAGGGAAUAUCACCGAGAGAUUAUGGUUUGUGUAUUCUUGUGAGUCAAGAAUUUAUACUCCUGUUAUGACACAAUUUCACACAAAUUUCUCAUGACAUAAAGAGACGAAGGGCUGAUCCAGAAGAUUAACGCAGCUUUUCUGAGCGCUCUGCAUCAAGAACACACAGAUGUAUACGGAUAAACUGCUUUUAUUGUCGUCAUAACGUUUUAAUUUCUGUAUUUUAUUAAUAGAGAGGACAAUUUCAUCUCUAUUUUUUGUCCUCGUCUUCACCUGCCUUCUUCACCUUCAUCUUCUCAGUCUCCUUCUCCAUCUUCUUCCUCUGUAUGCUGUCUUAUAUUUGCAAUCAAUCAAUUUAUAAAGCAUCAAUCACAACAAAUGUUGUCUCAAGAUGCUUAAAACAAAGAGCUGGUCUACAAGACGAGAUUAGACUGAGUCCCAACAAGUAAGACCAGACCUUUAACUCCUGCUGCCUUUUAUCGUUUUUGAGUCUCCACUUCUCCUCAGAUUCUUCCUCUUUCACUCUAUCAUGCUAUCAUACUUCAAUUUUCCGCCUCAUUUUAUUGCUUUUCUUCUUUUCUAUCUGCUCCUGAUUUUCUCCUUCCAAAUUUUCCCAUUUUAUUCUCAUCCUCAUUUUUAUCCUCUCCCUCUCUCCUUUUUUGAUCUUGUCCAGACCCUCUGUUGGGAUUCCCGUUUCGUGACUCUCCCUGAAGAGAGUUCUUCUUUGUUUCCUCUCAAAAACUCUGAGGUUUUCCGUCUGGUAAACUUUCAGCUGAGAGCAGAGAUCACUGUUUGACCUCAGCUCAACACGUCAUACACAUCCUCAGCUGAUUGUUUUAUUGUUCUUUUUAAAACUUUCACCAUCAGGCAGAAUUUAUACAUAAACUUGGAGUGUUUACACGAUGAGUUGUGGUAUGCAAACACAUUCCUUUUCUUAGAAUACACAGCUGUGACUAUUUAUACCAUCUGCAUCAUGAAUUCAUCACAUUUUUACUGUGACUGAAAGAAGAAAAGAAAACAUUAAAACUCCCAUUUUCUACUUUUCGCAAAUUUUGUGUUUUUAACCACUUUUUUUUCUCAGAUUUUAACUUCCUAAAUAUAUUUGUCAUCCUCUAUGGGAGCAGGACAUUUAAGGCUGUGUUCUUUGUUUUUGGGAAACCCUGAUAAACUUGUUAUUUUACCAGCCAAUAAUUUACCUUGGGUGCAAACCAUCUUUAAUAAUCCUAAAAUCUCAUGAAUCUACAGAAAAACUUGUUUAAUUUUUCUCUUAUUUUGGUUUCCAGCUGGUUUUCUACAGGGUGGUGAAGAUUCUGUCCACUCUUGGCCACAGCCUGUCACUCAUCAGUCUGCUCACCAGCACCUUCAUCAUCUGUUUCUUCAGGUAAACACACUCAUGAUCCAAACCCUGAUACAUCUACAUCUACUGCUGCAUCCUUACCAUCGUUAAAACGUAAACUCUAGAAAACUUUAAGGUAGACAGGUCCCUCCAGUGCAAGUGUACGAAAAUAAAGGCCCCACUGUUGGUGUAAAGCAAGUUCGUACACACACACACACACACACACACACACACACACACACACACACACACACACACACACAAUCUAAACCUUCACAUUCUUAAGGUCCUUUCACACCGGGAGCGUUUUUGUCAUGCAGUUAUCUCGGGCUUCAAUGAUUUUUUUCGAACCCGUAUCCUGUCAACACAAGCAUUCACAUCAGCGACCUUUUCCCGUUCCGCGAUAUUGCGGCUUUUUUUUUUUCGGAUCAUGGUCGAUUUUUCUAAAGUUUCGCAUACUGUGUGUCCACUUCUGACCAAUCAGAUUUCUUGUUGUUGCGACGUCAGAUUUACCGGUAUAUCCAACAUCGCCGACCGGCCGAUUGUUUACGUGUCGGAGAACAGAGUGAUUUUUGAUAAAAGACACAAACAUUAAAAAGAUAACGACCUAAAGGACAACUUGUGGAGAGUCAUAGCGUCGGACUUCUCAUAUGACGAUGGUUUGUGUGCUUUAACAGUUUGAUAAACGUCUUUGUUCUAACUUUCAUCUGUGCUAACAUAAGCUAACAGUUGUUACCAUAGUUUCAUGUGCCUAUUUUAUUGCCUCCAAUUGGCUAUAAGUGCUGACCGUUUGGCUUUAGCGUAUGAUGACGUUUCCAGCUUUUCUAGCCAAUCAGAGGCGAAGGAAGUGGAACUUUCCCGGGAUGCGUCUUUUUCCCCCGAGAAAGUCGCAAAAUUGCAUCGGGCUUGAUGUGUAUAGUCAGGUGCAUCAAAAUUUGCCUCAGAAUAUUUCGUAAUUUCACGUUCUAUAUUUGCGUGGGCCCCGGUGUGUAAGGACCUUUAAUUUGGACAAGGCUUUGACCCUUAGGGAUUGUGUUUCCUUAAAGAAGACGGGUCCCCAUAAUUCCACUGUAAGAUAAGUUUAAGGUCCCAUUAUAGGUGUAUAACAAGUUGCACCACACACACACACUACAAAAUUAAAUUUACAUUAUUCUUAAUUUGGACAAAGCUUUAACACCUGAAGUAGACAAGUCGUCGUAAUGCCUCGUUUAAGGCUCCAUUGUUGGUGUGAAACAAGUUCUGAUAUACACACACAAAGAAAUAUUUACUUAUUGAUCAAACUUACUGUGAAAGAAAACAAGGUGAGAUUUUUUUGUCAUAAUUGAAUUUUUCAUUCUGUCCACAAGGGGGCACCAAUAUCUACACCAACAGAUUCAUCAGAUGUUAUGAUUGACAGUUUAAUUAGCUCUUGAAAUGAGAAAAAAAGACUUAUACACCAAUUUAUUAAAAAUAUUAGGUGUCAAGAAGAAGCGUCAUCUCCAGCUGAUGUUUAUCAAACUGUUUAUACAUGAGGAAUCCCUUGGGUGACUAUACAAACACUCAUUUACACUGUUUGAAUGUUUUCUAACACACAGACCCUCAGGGUGAAAACAGUUUGUUGUAGAAAUGUGUGAAAGAAAUGAACGCAGCAGCUCAGCCUGGAUCAACUCCAGAUGUUCCUCAGCUGCCAUCUGCGUGUUUAGGUACCACAUCCUUCACUGGAUUUACACGCCGACACACUCUGUAAACACUCUUGUCGGCAUUCUUCUCUCUUCUGUGUGUUUAUGUGUGUGUCCAGGAGGCUCCACUGCACCAGGAACUACAUCCAUCUGAACUUGUUUGUAUCGUUCAUGCUGAGAGCCGUGGCCGUGCUGACCAAAGACACGCUGCUGUUCUCAGAUGAUGAACACACAGACUGCAGCACACAACCCUCACUGGUGACUUCAUACACACAGACAUGGACAUGUUCAUUCUCAAGUCGACAAUUUACCCUAAAUAUGACAAUUUUGCUGAUGCACAACUAGGCCAAAAGACACUGUCUUAUGAGGCAAAGAGUUUAAUGCCUCACAAGUGGUGUGUGUAAUUCUCAAACAGCAGCUUCAAUAACAACAUAAAAAAAAAAAACAUGUGUUGAUGAGUAUGUGUGUGAAAAUGUGGUUAUUAAUUCUGUUUUUAUUGUUGCAGGUGGGCUGUAAGGCCAGCCUGGUGUUCUUCAACUACUUCAUCAUGGCCAACUUCUUCUGGCUGCUGGUGGAGGGUCUGUACCUUCACACACUGCUGCUCGUCAUCCACAACUACUCCACCCGCCUCUCCAUCUACAUGCUCAUCGGCUGGGGUAGGCUGCAACAUUACUGGUUGGAUAGCUAAAGAUUUUUGUUUGUUAUUUAAACCAUAUUGGCUAACUUUUGUAAUCAAUUAUUGAUACAUAUUCUUUUUCUGUCUUUUAUUUCAGACAGAAUAAGUAGAAAAUACAUCUUUAAAUCCAGGGGAAUCAUUUUGGUAUAUUUUGCAGGACAAAUCAUAUGUUUAUUUUACUUUGGGAAUAUUUUACAAAAUACUUAAACUACCUUUUUUGUCUUCAUAUUUUGUAAAUGCAGCCUGUACAUUUUGCAGUUACUUUGUGUGACAUGUGCCGCCACUCAGUCCUAGUAACAAAAAGGACACCUUUACAACCAAUAUAGGGUGCAAAAGUUUUCUUAUGUUUUUUUGAUAUUUGGCGGCAAAUUGCUGUGUGAUAUUAUUGUGCAAAAACAAUAAAAAGUAAUGUGUUUUACAUGACGCUGGUGUACCUCUAUUAGCUUCAUGUUAGCCCCAUGUGCAAAAGUUUACAGGGAACAAAUUUAUCCUAAAAAGACAAAUAUAUACAUGCACUCAUGCGUCAUGCUGAAAAAGUGGACGAGUAUAUUUCUUAAAAAGGUCAUAAACUCUCGCCGCUCUGCUCCUUUUCAGCUGCCUCCAGCUGACAUCUCCUUCCUCCCUCACUUGCUUGCAUACAUUCUUCCUUAAUUAAUCACCAGCCUGCUCCAGGUGUUAAAUGUACAUAUGAGGACAUCAUGAGGACAUUCUCGUGUGAGAAUAUUUAAUGUCUGUCAGACUAAAAACCUCCUCUCUUUCCUUCUAUCAGGAAUCCCUUUUGUGUUCAUGGUUGCAUGGAUCAUAUGCAGGAUCAACCUGGAGGACACAAGGUGAGUCUGAGUCCUGACUUUUUAAAUAGUAGCACCACAAAAUUUACAGUUAAGUCAUAUGGUUAAUGAGAUGGAGAGAGGAUAAAAACAUGUUAUUCCAGAAAGACAAACCCUCUGGGUUAGGUGACAUUUUGAGGGAUAAGGUUUUCAUCCAGCAGCUGUCGUUUUUAAUUUAAGGAGGUUCAUUUGUUACUGAAUGCAGCAUUAAGGAUGAUCUUUAACAUUCAGAAACUGUUCAUAUUUCAGAUGCUGGGAAAUGAAUGAAAACCCAGUCCCAAACAGACUGAUCAACUGGCCCAUCAUGGCAUCUGUCAUUGUGAGUUCUGCAACAACAAUCCCUCAUAAAAGCAUAUGUCAAGUUUUCCCCCCAGCAUUACUCAUUUGCUCUACAUUUCCUACAGCUCUAUCAUGGAUGAGUUGAUAACUGAGAGCUUACUUUUACCGCCAUGUAUAAAAUGCAACUGGCGUAUGUGGCUCGAUAAGAUCCACAGAAGACUUUUGGAGCCAAACACUUACUACAGCAAGAAAUCUGACCUCUUGGAUCAGUUAUUUAAAAUCAGAGCUCUUUUGGCGAUUUCCAGGGGUCUUUCAGGGGUCAACUCCUCCGAAGGUGUUCAUCCAGUCAAGCUGAAAUUUGGCACAAAGUUAGAAGUAACUUGAGUGAUGAAAUAUUAUCAGACUCAUGUGCAAAGCUUAGGAGGUGCAGCUGUGGCGGCUCAUCAGAGUUUGAUAGCUCAGAAGUGAUACUCACCUUUGACAUCUUGACCCUUGAGGGCAGUAUCGUGUUUCUUUAGAUCAUCUGAUCGAACACUUGGAAAUUUCCUGUCUUGAAAGAGGAGCCACAAGGAUGGAUGUUGUGCAUGAUGAUUUCACAGAUUCAGUUAUUUAAAUGCUUGCAGAAAGAUCAAACAAACAUUUUCCAGUCGAGCUUUGUGUCCAUGCUUUGUUUUCUCCACAAGAUCAACUUCAUCCUGUUCAUCAGCAUCAUCCGCAUCCUGAUGCAGAAGCUGCGCUGCACUGAUGUCGGUGGAAACAGCCGAUCGCAGUACAGGUACACCUCCAAGAUAUCAAGACAUCUCUCACCUUUCAUUGACUGGAUUUUUUAUCAUUUGUAUAAUUUUCAGGCAACAUAAUGCAUCAUUCAAAAACACUUAGGUUGGCAGCUAAAGUGUGGCUAUCUGUGUGUUUUCCAGCCGGUUGGCCAAGUCCACCCUGCUGCUGAUCCCUCUGUUCGGGGUGAACUACAUGGUGUUUGUCUACCUGAUGGAGCCGGCUGAUGAAAGCAUGAAGAAAGUCAAGAUCUUCUUUGAUCUCGGCCUCGGAUCCUUUCAGGUAACUAAUCAUACGCCUGAUGCGGCUUAGACUACCAAGUGCACAAUGCAAAUCCAUUGUUAAUGGUUAUAAUAUAAAAGGAUCUUUUUUUUUUUUUAUGAGACAAACAGUUGUGCAGAUUUCCUGAUUUGAUUUCCACUUGGAAAAUCAAAUCAGGGCUUUGAUUCCACCAAUCAAAUCUUGGGCUCAAUUAUUAUUGGUUAAAAUAAAGACUCCAGUCAGUCUUAUUAUUUUAUGGAUUUAAUUUCCAGGAAGUCAAAGUCAACUUUAUUUUUAAAUAUGCUAUACAUGUUUAAACAUACAGCACAGAUGAAUUUUCAGUCCUCUCAGACCCACUGUGCAUAACAAUAAACUAUAAGAAUAAAACUAUAAAAGUAUAAAUAUAGAAUAAACAACUAAGCUAAACAAAAUACUGCCUUAAAUACCCACAUCAAUUUACAAAAUAAAGAUAAAAAUAUAAACAGCAUAACAGUAUAAACAGUGUGCAGUAUAAAUAUAAGGAGGAAGGUGAAUGGAAGAAAGUGAAUGUAAACAGUAUGGCAGUCCUGAUGUGGACACAAUGGUGCAAAUAUGACAAAUAUGAUAACUCAAAGGUAUAUUUUCUUCUCAUGCUCUAAAAUUGUGUUUGUUUUUUAGGGUCUAAUUGUGGCUGUCCUCUAUUGUUUCCUCAACAGUGAGGUAAGUGUCCAUCACAGUCAGUCAGAUUGAGAAAGGCAAGACAAGGAGGAUAAAAAGAUUGCUUGACAUGCUUUUAUUUUGAUAUUUUUCUGUCUUACCUAUUGGUUGCCUUGUUUUAUGCAUGGUCAAACUAUGCUUUUUUUUUAAGUAAAUGCUUCAUUUGGUAGAUUGCAAGUUGUGAAAUUGAAUGAUAACAGCUGCAACAGAGGCUGUUAUAGCUAGAGUGCAUUACUCUACACUUAUUUUUGGUAUGAUAUUAACAUUUUAUUAUUUUUUCAAAAUGUAUCUGUAUUGAUGGUCAUCGUCAAAUCCAGUGUUUUGCAAAAGCCCUAAGUCUGACCUGACUUUGUAUUGUGUCGAAUUUUCAAAAUAAAAUUUACAAACAAUGAUUAACACUUUGACAGAUUUUUCAUGAUUCACUCAUUUGUUUUUUGUAUUAAAAGGUGCAGAGUGAGCUGAGGAGGACGUGGAGGAGUUUAUCUCUGAAGCGUUACGUGGGGCGGGACUACAGACUACACACCACGUCUGUCAGCAAAAACGGCACUGAAAACUCCGUGCAGUUUCCCCGGAACUCCCGAGCUCAGUCCAUCCUGCAGACUGAGACCACUGUGCUCUGA